AUGCUGAGAUGGGAGCAGCUGUCGUCGGAUCAUCAGGCUGGAAUGAGAGCUGACCCCAUGGCACUCCACUGGUACGAGGAUGCCACUAGCUGCCCACAAUCCCUUUUGCCACGUCUCGUUCACCCACUCUCGGCCAGCCGACGUAGCAGACUCUGCAAAAAUGUCACAUGGUCUUCAAAGCUUGACACUCCAGAGGAACAAUUUUACAUUUAGUCUCGCAGAGUGACCCAAAACGCUAAACCAGGUAUGAAAUGCAGUAUACUGGAAUGUCUGGGGGUCAGGUGGGAGUUGCAUUGCUCUGUCCUGAGUGGCUCAGACACAUUAUCUGAGUUGUAUACCAACAGCAAAAGACAGAGGGAUGUUCAGCUACAAGAGAGAGCUGGUAUGGUGCCCAUGAGUAUUUGGAAAAGAGAAACCGUUCAAGAGAGAAAUUCAGACCUUCCGUUUUGUUUGGAUAUUGCCGUCAUUGGUAAAGACAGCAGGGCUAGUAAGUCUACAUGUGGAAGAGGACUGGUCUACAGGAAGUGGCAUCUCAGCAGCCCUUUGAUUCUCCGACUGCCUGUCACCGAUGCCUCCAUCAAUAAAGUGGCUUUGUCUUUUGCCCUGCGGACACUUUAUGACCCCGAGGAACGCCCCAAUGAGUGGGGAGAGACUGUGCUUUCUGCUGCUGCAUUACUGGGAAUGUCAAACCUCUUCCAGGAAUGUCUUAAAGAGAUGUUGACAAAUAUCUCAUCUUUGACUGUGUGCAGCUUUCAUCGAGUGUCUUGCAAAUUGAAAGAGACUAUUCUCCAGAGAGUAUGUGAGCGCUGGUUGGAGCUGUUCCUAGUGAUUGAACUCUCCUGCCACAUAAAUCUCAGAGAUCUGCCCUUUGACCUCUUGCUGAAGACCCUGCUUAGUCCAAGACUGUUCGCAUCUAAUGAGUAUGAGGUCUUGAGAGCAGCUCUGCACUGGCUGUACCUGCAGUUAACCCCCUUCAGACAGACCCUACCAGCCCAUAGCACCGUCAUCAACUUCUUCUCCAAGGAAACGGCUGUUUUCAUGGAACAGCCUCAGGGUCAAACAUACAUCACUAUCUUUCAAGCUCUUUGUAUGCAUGGCAUUACUGAAUGGCAGCAUCUGCAAGAGCUGCAGAACAUUAGAGUUCUUCCUGAGUCUUGGCUGCUUCACAUCCUGUCUAAUAAUUACCACACUCUUUACAGCAGGGGUGACAUGGUCGUGACUGACUUCUCCAAACAAGCUAUUCGGUUUGGAAUGAUGUUUGAUAGGGAACAAGAGUGCUGCACUCAAACCAUCAGCCUCUAUGGCUUUUACUUUCUUCUCCAAGCUGCUAAAAUGGGCGAAUCAGAUACAUACAGCUUCUCCAUUGGGAGGUUAAGACACUGGGAUCCUGCUGUAUGCCAGUCUUCCAUUGUGAGCCGUCCAUACAGUGUGAGAUCGGAUCGAUCAGUGUGCUAUCACAUCACAGUGCAAAGCUAUGCUAGUGGCGAGUGGCAAGAGCACAGCAGUGGACCUGUCAAUCAACAAGAGUUUGGCUUAUGCAAACGCCACUGUAGGAGCAAGGUACCAACACCCAGAGUUUGA